AUGGAGGUGCAGGACAGGAGCCGCUCCCCAUCCCGUAGAACCAGUCGGGUGGAGCAGGUGGUGGGACGAUGGCUAAGACGGUCCCGGGAUCUGGGCAGCAGGUCUCACUCUCUGAGCAGAGACCGGGUUGCGGUGGACGGGAAGUCAGCAGAGUGCAGUGGCUCGGAUCAGAGGAAUUAUCCCUUCCGCUUCAUCGUUCAGAUCCAACGGGACCCGAACCUCAACUCACAUGGCCUGACCCUGUCUUCCCAGAACCCCAUCCUCGUGCAGGAGGUCACCCCAGGUGGUCCCGCAGAUGGCCGUCUCGUCCCUGGCGACCAGCUUGUGAAGAUCAAUAACAUCGCGGUCGAAGACUUGACCCCGGAGCAAGCUGCUGAAAUAAUCAGGGAGUGUCAAGAUACGCUGACAAUGACUGUCCUCAGAACGAUGCAGGGCCCGAAGUCUUCAUUCAUCACACCAGAGAAGAGGGCCAAGCUCAGGUCGAAUCCUGUCAAAGUUCACUUUGCUGAGGAGGUGGAAGUCAAUGGACACUCUCAGGGCAACUCGCUGCUCUUCUUGCCUAAUGUUCUGAAGGUGUAUCUGGAGAACGGGCAGACCAAGGCCUUUAAAUUUGACCCCAACACCACAGUCAAGGACAUUGUGAUGACACUGAAGGAGAAGCUUUCUCUGAGCCGCAUCGAACACUUCUCCCUGGUGCUCGAGCAGCAGCACAGCAUCACCAAACUACUGCUGCUGCAUGAGGAGGAGAGGAUACAGCAGGUGGUCCAGAAGAAAGAAGCCCAUGACUACAGAUGUCUGUUCCGUGUUUGUUUUAUGCCCAAAACCCUCCAGACGCUACUGCAGGAGGAUCCCACUGCCUUUGAGUACCUCUACCUGCAGGGGGUGAAUGAUGUGCUGCAGGAGCGCUUUGCAAUAGAGAUGAGGUGUAACACCGCCCUGCGGCUCGCUGCGCUGCACAUCCAGGAGCGCCUGGCGAGCUGUGGACAGUCACCAAAGACCAACCUGAAGAUGAUCACGAAGACGUGGGGCAUUGAGAACUUUGUGUCGUCCACCCUGCUGAGGAAUAUGCGAGAAAAAGAUCUGAGGAAGGCCAUCGGCUACCACAUGAAGAAGAGCCAAUCACAGCACGAUCCCAAGCAGAAGGGUCUGUCAGUGGAUCAGACCCGGAUCAACUACCUGGAGGAGCUGAGCGACCUCAAGUCAUUCGGAGGGAAAUCCUUCAGCGCCACCAUGAUGCUUCAGGACAGGGAAUCAAUGGUGACCUUGUUGGUGGGGGCGCGCUACGGCGUGAGUCAGGUGGUCAAUCACAAACUGAGCAUCCUGUCCACCCUGACAGAGUUCACCAGCAUCACACGCAUCGAGCUGCUGCCUGAAUCCGACAAGGUCAGCCUGGUCAAGAUAUACCUGCAGGACAUCAAGCCCAUCACAUUACUACUGGAGUCAGCAGCUGCCAAAGACAUGUCCUGCCUGAUCGCAGGGUACUGUCGAGUGUUUGUUGACCCCAACCUCAACAUCUUCCCCUGGAUCCAUGACUCCAAGAAGCACAGAGUGUCUGCUGAGGAAGGUUAUGUGUCUCGGUGUGGCAGCGACUCAGAAACCUCCUCAGACUUGGACAUGGAGCCACUGGUCGCCCAGGUGUCCCAUGACAACAGGCCCUGUCCUCGAGGUAGAUCCUCGUCAGACCCCGAGGGAAGAAAAAGAAAAGACAGAAACACAAAAAGAAACAAAGAUGGCAAAGAAAAGGGAGACUGGGAGGAUAAAAGGCAAAAGGAAGAAAAGGACACUGACCCUGAGAAGGAAAAGAAGAGAGAGAGUAAGAAUGAAGACACAGAGCACAAGGAAGGGGCAGAGAGGGCGCACGAUGAUCGACAAAGGAAGGUAAUGGACAACGAUGUGAGGGAACAACAGGAAAAAGUGGGAGCAGGAGGUGAAAUGGGAGGAGGAGAAGAGGUGCGAGCAGCGGAGGAGCAGCCAUCUGAAGCAUCAGAUUCCUGUCAUACUGACUCUCGUGUCCUUACCAGCCCCUCCAGCGACUCCCUCGAUGCUUUGGAGGAAGAUGACUUAAUUUCAUGUUCCUCUUCCUCCGUCCAUCCCAAUGCUCCUGCCCACAGCCACUCUUCCCUUCAUCUUCACCCCUACACCCAUGGGCACGCUCAGCCCCACCUCCUCGCCCCGCCACCGGCUCACACCCACCCCCUCAUCCUUACAACUCAGGACAGAGGUAGAGAGGGCUGCAGGAGGUCAGGCGACGGAGCUGAUCCCCAACUCCUCGCUCCUGUCUCCCCCUCCUCCAACCUUCAGCAGAAACAUUCAGGUAACCUCUGCUCUGACGACACCUCCCUGUGUUUCGCUGACCUCUCCCGCCUUGUGGACUUCCUGCCGAGUCCUCCAGAGGCCAGCGAGGAGGAAGAUGAAGAGGAGGAGUUGAGGAGGAGGAGGAGAAAGAUGUUUAAGGAAACGGGCGAGACGCUGCGAGGAGCAGGUGAAAGAGGAAGCGAAAGCACAGAGGGCAGUUUUAAAGAACACCCACCGUCCCCAUCUCCAUCCUCCCCCUCCUCCCACAUGGAGUUUGUGUUUAACUUUGACCAAAGUGACGCACGCUGCUACUACAAACUGUGCUCCAACAUCACCCCCGACAGCGCUCGCAGCCUCCCCCACCCGCUGCAGAAGAAUGAGGGAGAGGAUUGGGACGGGGUUGAGGGAGAUGAAGUGAAGGCGGUUGACCUGGAGCCUGUCCCCAUCCUACAUCCACCUCCUGGCUUUGGAGACAGCAGCUCUGAUGAGGAGUUCUUUGAUGCCAGAGACGGAUUCACCUCUCCUGAAGACCCGACCUCCGGGGCCGUACCGAGAGAUAUCAGCACAGAGAUGAAACUAGACUUCCUCAGCACACUCAGCCUCAGUGACAUCAGAGUUUCAGUCACAGAUGCAGACAAUGAAGACAAAGUGGAGGAAGAGAGAAAAGGAGGAGACGAGGAAGGAGGAGGCGGAGAAACAUUGUUCCAGCUCAGAAAAAGGUGCCGGAAGCGCCGUUCCUUCAUGGAAACUGAUUACACCUCCACAGUGUCAUAUCCAGAGCCAGAUCCAGAAAAGCAGGGCCUGGUCUCUAGUAGGCUUCAUAAAAACCUGUUGGCAGAAGCCAGUGAUGCACAGAUGCUGUGUUUAGAUCCUGAACCUUCAGAGCAAACCCAAAAUCCCAGUCCUACUGUCUCCUCUUUGACUCACUCUGAAGGGGAACCAGCUCAGCUGGAGUCAAAACCCAUCUUGCCCAUAACCCGCUCACGUGGACCUAGCUCUCCAUGUGGUUUGGACUCCAAUGAGCAGGCUAGAGGUCCACUGGCCCCCUCCAGGAGCAGGAAACAAGAAAUGGAGAUGGAACCAGAUGCAAUGGAAUCCAAAUCAGUCACAGAUCUGGUGAAGGUAGCAGCUCCCACCAUCACAGUUGUCCGCUGUCGGGUGGAUCCAGAUGGAAAGGAGAGUGCUGAUCGGAGGGGUGAUGGGAAGGAGGAAGGGGAGGAACAGGAAGAGAUGAGUGAGGGGAAAGAGGAGGGAGAGAAGGAGGAGACAGCAGGUGUGUCAGGGAAUGGGCCGUUCACUAAACACAUGUUUUUGCCAGAUAGCACAGAGGAAUGUAAGGGGGGAGGAGAGAAGAAGGAGGGGGUGAGAGGGUACUCAUCCAGUUCAAAGAGACCACUCGUAGGUGCUGAAAGGCAGCCAGAGGCCAACACACUGCUGACAAGUUUGAUAGACCUUAAUAAAAAGAGCAGUAAUGGCCUUUUGGGAGUACAUCUGAUUGCCCUAGAGCAAAACAAAUACGCAGAGGAACAUAAACUUGAAGGUGUGUGUGAAAAGUCCAGCCCUCCAUCAUACUCACCACCACCUGCUCCACCCUCAACACCGCUACCUCCUAAAGCAGUUCUUCACAAAUCCCAAAGUGACUGUUUUGUGAGUGAAGACAGUGGCAUGGAAAACCCAGGGACUUCAACCAAGAUGUCUUUUUCUAAUUCUGAGGGGAUGCCACUUGGCAAACAAAGUCACACCAGUAAAGCGCAAUCAGUUGUAGACAUCAGGACCAGUGUUAAUGAGGAUGAAGCCAUGGGUGGUGUUAGCUCCACUGUGACCACUAGUGAUGAAGUUACUGACAGCAACAAUUCAGACAAUGUUUUUGAUGAUGAAGAGGUGAGUAAUUCCUUAAAUUCUAGUUCAAGUGACAAGAAAGAUGACUGGGCUUUAGUUACAAAGCAUAGCAUCAGUGGAAAUUCAACCACAGCAAGUAAAGGUGAGUCACAAAAGACUGUUAAGUCUCUUACCAACAUGGAAACACAUCCAAAAAUGUAUUCAGUAAAUUCUGAUUAUACUCGAGCUAUAAACUCUAUCACUGCAAAGCUUGGAGCUGCAACAAGUGCCACCUCUCCUACGUUUAGUUCAGGUGCCAGGUUGCAAAGUGAGGUCACACAUGGAAGUUCUUCAUGUUUGGAUCAAAAUGAAGACGAACCCAGAAGUGAUUGCACUAUGCCCAGUCCUAGCUUAGCAAAAAGUAACACAGCCACAUUCCAUGAUCUCUCCAAAGCGCCUCCCUCCCCAACUCACUUCCUUUUUCAGACCUGUUCUCCGAGCAUUAUCAGUCGCUUAUCUGCCUCGACACUAAGGGAGAAGAUUCAAAAGUUGCCCCUUUACUUAUCGCGCUCCCAGGAAACCGUCACCCAAGCUGAAGUAGGGAAUAUAGCUCAGAGUUCUGCUGAGGACAACAGUAGAGACAAAGUUGAGAUCACCAUCAAAGUUACGGAUGUUGAUGACAUCACACAAACAGUGGAGUUCGACAUGGGCACAACUGUAGAAUCAGUGGAGUCAGAUGAUUCAGAUGCAACAGUUACAGGAUCCGAAGUUGAUGAAGAGUUUUUUGUUGAAACAAGCUCGGCAAAGAGUUUUCAUUCAGUGUCAGAGGUGAAGGAAGUAAGCUCUCCUUUGCCUGUCCAGACUGAGCCCAAACCUCAACACCAAAAUCAGCUUCUGUACACUGGACCCAACAAGAACACACCAGGACCAAUAACCAAGCCUCCAGCCUCGAUAGCAAACAGACUCCAAAGAGACACUUCAGGCCUAAAGAUGAACACUCCUGGUCCUAUAAAAGAUGCUCCAAAGAUGAAGUUUACAAGUCCAGAUGAAGACUUUCCAGGUUAUAAGUUGAACAAUCAGACACGUUCUACUGCCCCUCCGAUAGUGGUCACUACACAGAAUCUGAACGGGCCAGGACUCCCUUUUCAUAGUCAGUCACAGAGAGUUAGACGGACCAGUAGCGACAGACCUUUGAUGGGUCUUUGUAGGCCCACAGAGCAGAAUUCAAACUCAGCAACAACACCUUCUUCAGGCUGUAAGGUGUUUACCAUCUGUGAGGAUCCGUCCCAGACAAAGAGCCCGGCCGAGUUGGAGACUUCCCCACCCUUGAAGACUGAGUUUGGCUGCACUUCUGUGCUAGCGUCUGGAUGCGAGUCAGUUGUGGAAGGGGUGCAGGUGCCACUGGAUGCUUGUGGUUGCCCAACAGUUUAUACCAACUGCUUCGGCAGUGGGGACAGCUUUGACGAGGAGCUAACAGUCUACGAGUUCUCUUGCCGCACACAGAGCAGUGGUGUGACUCAGACUUCUGGAUCAGGUCUCCCUCUCAUAACCUCUCCAAACGUUCCCAGCUUUCUGUCCACCUCCUCCACCCACUCUCCCUCCUUCCCACGCUCCAUCCUUUUCUCUUCCUCUACCUCUGAACUCAGCCCUCUCCUCUCACCACUGUCUGACGUCUCUGACCGUUUCCUGUCACAAACACAAAAGGACACCAUCAGUCGACUCGGGCAGCAGCCCUAUCCAGAACCUCCAGCAGGUUUCCAAGUACUCCGCGUAGACGUGGACCAGCUCCUUUCCAUUCUGGAGAGCAGUGGUGCUGACCGAUCUGUAGCAGGCCAUGGGGGUCGCCACCCGAGGGACACCUGCCCAGCCCACUUUACAGAGAACAAGAGGGUGCUCCAGACAGAGGCACGGCGGCUGAUGUCAGGCUGCCAGAAGGUGGUGGGGAUCGGACAAAGCCCAGAGGAAAUGCUUUUCUCCCUGGCUGACAGUUUCCGGACCUUGGUGGAGUUAGCGGGUAUAUGUCUAUGGUUCUCUGGUUGCGAAAGGUGUGACCGGAGGAACGCAGAGGCAGUUGCAGGUCUGGCAGAUGUGGCCCGUUCAUUCAGGGACUUCUGUCUGGCAGCGGAGCGAGCGAGCAGCAAGCGCAGCUGCCAGGACCUGAGCACCAAGCUGCUUGCCAAACAGUGCACCGCGCUCACCGCCUCUGUCUUCUGCCUCACACAGCUAUUCCGCACACUCACUGCACUAUGAGUGAAC